AUGGCACAUUACACUGCUCGCCCAUAUCAACUCGCCCAUAUCACCUCGCUCAUAUCACCUCGCACAAAUCAACUCGCCCAUAUCAACUCGCCCAUAUCAGCUCGCCCAUAUCAGCUCGCCCAUAUCAACUCGCCCAUAUCAACUCGCCCAUAUCAACUCGCCCAUAUCAACUCGCCCAUAUCAACUCGCCCAUAUCAACUCGCCCAUAUCAACUCGCCCAUAUCAGCUCGCCCAUAUCAGCUCGCCCAUAUCAACUCGCCCAUAUCAACUCGCACAAAUCAGCUCGCCCAUAUCAACUCGCCCAUAUCAACUCGCCCAUAUCAACUCGCCCAUAUCAACUCGCCCAUAUCAACUCGCCCAUAUCAGCUCGCCCUUAUCAACUCGCCCAUAUCAGCUCGCCCAUAUCACCUCGCACAAAUCAACUCGCCCAUAUCAACUCGCCCAUAUCAGCUCGCCCAUAUCAGCUCGCCCAUAUCAGCUCGCCCAUAUCAACUCGCCCAUAUCAGCUCGCCCAUAUCAACUCGCCCAUAUCACCUCGCUCAUAUCACCUCGCACAAAUCAACUCGCCCAUAUCAACUCGCCCAUAUCAGCUCGCCCAUAUCAGCUCGCCCAUAUCAACUCGCCCAUAUCAACUCGCCCAUAUCAACUCGCCCAUAUCAACUCGCCCAUAUCAGCUCGCCCAUAUCAGCUCGCCCAUAUCAACUCGCCCAUAUCAACUCGCCCAUAUCAGCUCGCCCAUAUCAACUCGCCCAUAUCAACUCGCCCAUAUCAACUCGCCCAUAUCAACUCGCCCAUAUCAACUCGCCCAUAUCAACUCGCCCAUAUCAACUCGCCCAUAUCAACUCGCCCAUAUCAGCUCGCCCAUAUCAACUCGCCCAUAUCAACUCGCCCAUAUCAACUCGCCCAUAUCAACUCGCCCAUAUCAACUCGCCCAUAUCAGCUCGCCCAUAUCAACUCGCCCAUAUCAACUCGCCCAUAUCAACUCGCCCAUAUCAACUCGCCCAUAUCAACUCGCCCAUAUCAGCUCGCCCAUAUCAACUCGCCCAUAUCAGCUCGCCCAUAUCAACUCGCCCAUAUCAACUCGCCCAUAUCAACUCGCCCAUAUCAACUCGCCCAUAUCAGCUCGCCCAUAUCAACUCGCCCAUAUCAACUCGCCCAUAUCAACUCGCCCAUAUCAACUCGCCCAUAUCAACUCGCCCAUAUCAGCUCGCCCAUAUCAACUCGCCCAUAUCAACUCGCCCAUAUCAACUCGCCCAUAUCAACUCGCCCAUAUCAACUCGCCCAUAUCAACUCGCCCAUAUCAACUCGCCCAUAUCAGCUCGCCCAUAUCAGCUCGCCCAUAUCAACUCGCCCAUAUCAACUCGCACAAAUCAGCUCGCCCAUAUCAACUCGCCCAUAUCAACUCGCCCAUAUCAACUCGCUCAUAUCAGCUCGCCCAUAUCAACUCGCCCAUAUCAGCUCGCCCAUAUCACCUCGCACAAAUCAACUCGCCCAUAUCAGCUCGCCCAUAUCAGCUCGCCCAUAUCAGCUCGCCCAUAUCAGCUCGCCCAUAUCAGCUCGCCCAUAUCAACUCGCACAAAUCAACUCGCCCAUAUCAACUCGCCCAUAUCAACUCGCCCAUAUCAGCUCGCCCAUAUCAACUCGCCCAUAUCAACUCGCCCAUAUCAACUCGCACAAAUCAGCUCGCCCAUAUCAACUCGCCCAUAUCAACUCGCCCAUAUCAACUCGCCCAUAUCAGCUCGCCCAUAUCAACUCGCCCAUAUCAGCUCGCCCAUAUCACCUCGCACAAAUCAACUCGCCCAUAUCAACUCGCCCAUAUCAGCUCGCCCAUAUCAGCUCGCCCAUAUCAGCUCGCCCAUAUCAACUCGCCCAUAUCAGCUCGCCCAUAUCAACUCGCCCAUAUCACCUCGCUCAUAUCACCUCGCACAAAUCAACUCGCCCAUAUCAACUCGCCCAUAUCAGCUCGCCCAUAUCAGCUCGCCCAUAUCAACUCGCCCAUAUCAACUCGCCCAUAUCAACUCGCCCAUAUCAACUCGCCCAUAUCAACUCGCCCAUAUCAACUCGCCCAUAUGA